GUAUCCCCUUGUAAGGCCCCACCCCCUUGUCUUACUUAGGAACUUGAGGAAAAAAGAAAAGAAGAAACAAAACAGUCUCAUUUAUAUUCUGGAGGACACUGUUUCUUCAGAAGAAGUGCUAUCAGCACCCAUAGGAGGAGAUGAACAUGGCCUUUGAUCAGGGAAACAAGAAAUGGCGAGGAUCGGUUGGAGGCAUCGUGGAAGCACCCAUAGACCAAGUCUGGGAGACGGUCUCUCAAACCGACCAGUUACCAGAAUGGAUGCCAAUGGUUGAAAGGUGCACCAAGCUAGCCGGGGAAGAGGGCAAGCCGGGCUAUGUUAGGCUGGUUUCCGGCUUCAUGUACCCCCAAGACGAUGGAGAUAGGUCAUGGGUCAAGGAGAGGCUGGUCUGCAUGGACCCUUCUUCACAUAGUUAUGUUUACAGAAUGGAAGGAAGCAAUGUGGGCUUAGAUGGCUCUGUAAAUUCACUGAAGCUUAUAGGUUAUGGCGAUGAUUCAACUCUGGUUGACUGGAAGUUUGAAAUAGAUCCUGUUGAAGGUGCAUCCGAGGACAGCAUAAUCGAUUAUCUUGGUUUUCUCUAUAAAUCUUGUAUCAAUAGGAUUGAGGGUGCCAUACAACCUUCAGCCAGAAGGGUUGAGUAACAAGGCUAGCUAGCUGCAUUUUAAUGUAAAUAAGGCUCUUCACAUCGACAUAUCUUUCUUGUCACAAAUUAUGCAUAGAAAUUACUGAAGAAUAACAUUUUGUGCAGAAAUGCAGCUGGAAUUAUGGGAUUUACAAAUUAAAAAACAUUUCAGUUAUAAAGUACCAUUG